AUUCAUAUGGUACAAACAAUGGAAAUACACAGCUGAUCAUUUUUUCAUCGAGGUCACAAUCAGCAGUCCUAAAUUUAAAAUACCGAUCCUCACAUUCAGAGGCUCUUACUCUCUAGGCUGAAAUAGAACUAUGUCUAUAUUAUCUAUAUCAAUGCAUUUCCCUUUCAGGGAAAUACGUAAUUGUCCUCGAAUGGUCUCUUGGCAAAUCUCGCGAUGUUGCGGCAUUUUCUACGAAUGUUUUAAGCCUUGUUAUCAACGCAAACGCCGCAUAAACUACGUGAAUAUUUUCCAACAAAUAUUUAUUGGCGAUCAGUUCAUGUACCACGAGCCAAAGGGCAAAGUUCUGAGUGCUUAGCUUGAAGUCUCGCGAGAAACACAAAGUUUGGUUACCAUAGUAACGUUAAGGACGCCCAGGGGUUCGUUUAGUUAGCUUUCAAUACAGUGCAGUUAGCUUGCUUGUAUGAGGAUUUAACAAUAUUUCCACUUUAAGACACAAAUAUGUCUAGAAAGAGACAAAAAGAAAAAGCCGACAAGGUGAAUCAUGAGGAUGAAGCCUCGAAAAGUACAGGAAAGGCUCCAAAUGAGAAAUUGCCUGCUCAGACAUUUGAUGAAUAUCAGUGCUCAGGCAAUGUGGAGAUCGACUUCCCUGGGCUUUGUGCCCUUCUGGGUAUGAAGGAUAUCCCAGCUGUCAGCACCAAGCAACCAGCCUCCUCCACCACUGAAACUGAAGGAGGGGACACAGAGCACAGCCAAACACAUAAAAAUGCUGCACCUUUCUGGUCUAAAACAUGCCUCCAUGUGGAAUUGGAGAAUGAAGACCCCCUCAGUGCCAAGAACUUGAAGGUUUCUGGGUGGAAGGUAAAUGAGCAGAUGGCCAGGGUGCUGCAGAAAAUGCUUCUCUCCUUGAACAAGCUACAGAGCCUUCAGUUUUGGCAGGCGGGACUGACAGAUCAAAUGGUAAUCUCCUUCAUGAACACGAUAUCGCUGUGCUCCAACCUCAGCGCUGUGACAUUGGAGGGCAACCCCCUUCCAGAGCAGAGCUACCACCUUCUUCUCUCUGAAGACAGUGCUAUCACUCACUUGUCCCUGAGAAACAACCGGAUAGGAGAUGAGGGCGCUCGUCUAAUUGGGUUGGCUCUCUCAACAACCAGAUCUGCCAACAGGAAGCUUGUGUCUCUCAACCUGGCAUUCAAUUCUAUUGGUGAUGCAGGUGCAACACAUAUUGCACAGGGCCUGCGGUUGAAUCGAACUUUGCUCUUCCUCUCGCUGUCCAACAAUCACAUCGGAGAUUCAGGAGCUGCUCAUCUAGCUACAAUACUUGGUGAGUUUCCUCUAACUCAUGAAGAAGUUGUAGAGAGGAGGAAGCUGCUUUUGGAAAAAACACAAUCUUCAUUUUUUAGUGUCGAUCCUGACCAAUCAAAUGCUGGCCAGCUUCUCUCAGUACCCAGCAGCACCUCACUGAGUGUCAGCAAAGUGGAGGACAAAGGCAAGAAAAAGGAGGCAUCAAAAAAAGACGAAAAAUCGGCUGCCAACAAAGAGAAUCCAAAGUCUAACAAGAAAUCUUCUGAUACAAAGGCGCCUCAAAGUAAAGGUGGCAAACUGGGGAACAAAGAGAAACAACUGUCUGCACAGGAGGUAGCCGCAACAUGCUGUCUGAAUCUGCUGACCAAGUACCAUAUGGAUGCAGUGGAUUUAGUGAACCCCCUGCUGGACCUUUCAGUGAAGUGCAGGGAAGGUGAGAUUAUUCUCCUUGGAAACACGACUCUCAGCUCCCUCAACCUGGCAGGAAACAGAAUUACAGAGAAGUCGCUGCCUCUGUUCCUGAGGUCACUAGAGAUGCAGGGUGAGGGAGGAGGCCUGCUGCGUCUCUGUCUGCAGAGAAACCGCUUAUCUCUGGAGUGUGAGAGUUGUGUAAAAAUAAAGGAACUGAUGACACUCAGAGACCCACUUGAAAAAAACAUCUCUGAACCGACAGAAGAGGAAGGACAGGGUGCGUAAGGCCAAGAGCUGACGUCAACUUCUACACAGUUACACUGCACUGUAUAAUUAUAAUUUGCUGUAUACACCAAU